UCACAAGUAAAACCUUGGAAACAAAUAGAUAUUCUUGAAGCAACAUUACAAUGUCUUCGAAAUGUCUAUUCCAAUGGUUUCUGUUCUUCUUCUUCUUCUUCAUUCUCUUAACUUCUGCAACUUCAAAAAAAUUUAAUAUACCAAGACUUAGCCCAAUAGGACCAAGAAUUUCUUUAGAAGACCCUGAAAGUUUAUCUGAAUCAUCACUCUCUGAUGAUUUGGAGACAUAUUUCUACAACCAAACACUUGAUCAUUUCAAUUAUAACCCUGAAAGCUACAAUACCUUUCAGCAAAGAUAUGUAAUAAGUUCUAAGUACUGGGGUGGUUCUAAUUCUAAGUAUGCACCAAUUUUCGUAUAUUUUGGUGCAGAGGCACCUCUUGAUGGUGAUCUUUAUAUUGUUGGUUUUCUUUCUGAUAAUGCUAUUAAAUUUAAAGCUCUCUUGGUAUAUAUAGAGCACAGGUUUUAUGGGAAGUCAAUCCCAUUUGGUUCACAAGAAGAAGCUGUGAAAAAUGCUAGUGUUCGGGGAUAUUUCAAUUCCGCUAGCUCUUGCAUUCCGCUCCAAGCUCUUGCAGAUUAUGCAGAAGAUUUAUUACUUCAUGGUAAAGAAAAAACCUUUGGGACGCUGAAAAUUUCUCCGGUCAUUGUCCAUCCGGGAGGAUCAUAUGGUGGAAUGCUGGCUUCAUGGUUUCGUCUUAAGUACCCUCACAUAGCACUUGGAGCCUUGGCCUCAUCAGCGCCAAUUCUUUACUUUGAUGAUAUCACUCCGCAGGAUGGAUACUAUUCUCUUGUCACCAAAGAUUACAAGGAAGCUAGUGAGAGUUGCUAUCAGACAAUACAAAAAUCAUGGCCAGAAAUUGAUCAACUUGCUUCUCAACCUAAUGGCCUUGCAAUCCUCAGCAAGAAAUUCAAGACUUGCAAACCAUUAACCGAUGUGGAUGAGCUCAAAGAUUACUUGGACACAAUGUAUAGUGGUGCUGCUCAGUACAAUAAGCCACCAAAAUAUCCAGUGACAGUGGUCUGCAAUGGCAUAGAUGGAAGCAAUACUGAUAGUGAUGGGAAUGAUACACUCAGCAAAAUAUUUGGCGGUGUUGUUGCUUAUAGAGGAAACAGAACUUGCUAUAUUCAUUCACCCACCAAUGUAUCUGAAACAUCUGUGGGUUGGAGAUGGCAGACAUGUAGCGAGAUGGUGAUACCAAUUGGGCGUGGCAAUGAUACAAUGUUUCCACCUGCUCCUUUUGAUCUCAAUGCCUUCGUUCAAGAAUGCAAGGCAUCCUAUGGCGUACCACCAAGGCCCCGUUGGGUCACUACCUAUUAUGGAGGCCAUAGUAUAAAACUCGUUCUGCAGAGGUUUGGUAGCAACAUCAUUUUCUCCAAUGGAUUAAGAGAUCCUUUCCAAUGGAUUAAGAGAUCCUUUUAGGUGUUGGAGAACAUAUCAGACACUAUUGUUGCUGUUUAUACAAGCAAAGGGUCUCAUUGCUUGGACAUACUUCGAGCGAACAAAACAACAGAUCCAGAGUGGUUGGUCGCACAAAGAAAUACUGAGAUCAAUAUUAUAGACCAAUGGAUUAAUAAGUACUACGAUGAUCUACAUAAUCAACAAUAGAUACACUUAUAAUUACUAAUAGUUCAAAGUUUAAAAUUGUAUACAUAUAUCGAAUCAUAGUGAGAGCAAAUAUUAUAAAGUUUGUCUUUUGAAAGAAUAAAA